GACGGUAAACCAUAUAUUAUUAAGCGGAGAAUUUUUUUUUACUCAUGAUAUAAGACGUUCCGGGCACAUACUUGAAAGGUUGACGGCGACUUUUCUAUCUUUUCUCUGUUCUCCCCGGCCCCUUCCUUUCUUCUCCAUUUGAUUCCUUUUUUCUAAUUCAUUCCACCUCCCUCCCUCUCUCCAUAUAUUGCAACUGUGCAUGACGAGACUAAGCUUUCCAUCCCCCCUUCAUAAAGUUCUAAAAGCAACGCGUCCUUUCCAACACUCACUCACCAAAACCCUAAUUUUCUCUUCUCUCUCCUCACCUCCUUCUAAUUCAUGCUCAAUUCUCACGGACGAUUCCAAUCCACCAGUCCACGGCGGAUCGUCCUGAUCUAUUCUCAUGGACGAAAACAACAAAAAACGCGAUCCACUAACCACGACCGAGUUCACGACUCAGUCCACCUGGACUCCGGACUCCGACAGCGUCUACUUCUUCAGUACCACCCACGACAGAGACAGCAACAUACUCAGCGACUUCGGCUGGAACUUCAACCCGGUCGCCUCCAAACCCGAUGAAGUCUUCCCCUGCCUCGACCCCAUCGCCGCCGCCGACGACAUGUCCGAUUUGGCGGGAAAUACUAGCAGUAGUCCUCUUGUUUUGGAGAACAGCAGCAGCAGUAGCAGCCCCGCCUUUCGGAGCUCCGACCUGGCCCCGGUUGUCGGAUCCGCUUCGACCAAUCAGUCCGCGUCUACGAGCUCCAGCGAGGAUCCUCCCGAGAGGUCUGCAGGCUCCGGCGGCAAACCACCGCCCGAGAUACAGAGUAAGGUUAAAAAGAAGGGGCCGAAGAGAAUCCGGCAGCAACGAUUCGCAUUCGUGACAAAGAGUGAAGUUGAUCAUCUGGAGGAUGGCUACCGAUGGAGGAAAUAUGGUCAGAAGGCUGUUAAAAAUAGUCCAUUUCCAAGGAGCUAUUAUCGCUGCACAAAUACCAAAUGCACAGUGAAGAAACGAGUUGAGCGUUCCUCUGAAGAUCCCACAACUGUAAUUACCACAUAUGAAGGCCAACACUGUCAUCAUACCGUUGCAUUCCCUCGUGGGGGAGUCAUUGGUCAUGAAUCUGGCUUUGCAGGUCACCAGUUGGCUCAGCUGUCUCCAGCCUCACACUUCAUGUAUUAUCCAACAAUUCGACCCAGAGAAAUAACUAGUCCUAUUAAUUUGACCCCAACGGCGUCGCACCAAGCAGUAGUCCGACGUCAUGACGAUGAUCAAGCUGCAGGAGGAUCAUCCCACUUCAUUGAUCCUCAGCCAACCCCACCUCUUCCUACCGAUGAAGGGCUUCUUGGAGACAUUGUACCUCCCGGAAUGCGAAAUCGAUAACGACUGGAGUAAAAGGGUGGGAUAUAUAUGUAGCAUUAAUAUUGUUAAAGCUUGGUUAACGUCUCUGCAGGCCACGCAUGCAUGCGGAUAUAUUGCAGGCUUAACUAGCAGGUGCACGUGGUAUCUUCAGCUUCUUAACUAGUAUAUAUUAAGCUCUGUAUGUAAUUAACAGAAUGUACCUCUUGACUUAGACUCUUUCCUUUUUAUACAUAUAAUUGAACAUCCUAAGGAAAUUCAUUCACAACGUUAAUUGCUAUAUUUGAUUAACUAAUUGCUGAGAUCUGAUAAUAUAUUUUCAUAUUAACUUUCUGCAAUGAUAUAUAUAUAUGGGGUGUGAGACAAGAUUCGUAGGACCAUCAAGUGGGGCAGGCCAAUUCCGCAAGUAGAGACGAUAGAAAACAGGAGAAACUCACAGAAGAAACAAUAGGCAGAUGGAGUCGAGAGACCCAAGCGCAUGCAUUGGAUCACCAUUGCAGAGAUAGAAAGCAUGGCUCCAGGAGAGAAACCUAAACAGAAAUCCCUCAAUCAAAAGCUUCUAUAUCUGUGUGUGUGUGUGUGUGUGUGUGUGUGUGUAUGAUAUCUGUACGUGUCUAUCAUGCAUCGACCGUUUUGAAUUUGUUUCGUAAUCCUUUUCGAUAGGUUUAUAAAUGAAUUAGGAAAUGUAGUUUGUCGA